AUGGCUCCGGUGGACUAUCGCAGCUGGACCGCAUCACCAUUGGCAAUGUCGAAGACCCGCACAUCUUCUUCAUCCACGCCUUCGUUGCUUGGAUCUUCUUUGGUAUGUGGUUCGAUGCCGCGUUUCCGUCCAAGUGCUAACGUGCGUCAAGGAUUCAUCCUCUUUACAAUCUACCGUGAAUGCAUUUACUACAUUAAUCUUCGACAUGCCUAUCUCUUGUCACCUUACUACUCUAAGCGUCUCUCAUCUCGGACAGUCAUGUUCAAUUGCGUCCCACCAAAGUACCAGGAUGCCGCUCGCCUUCGGAAACUCUUCGGCGACACCGUCAAGAAUGUUUGGAUCCCCCGCGAUACGAGCGACUUGGAGAGGCUCGUCAAGGAGCGAGACGAGACCGCGUUGCGGCUGGAGAAGGCCGAGAUCCGCCUGGUCAAGAUGGCGAACAGGCGGCGGAACAAACAGCUGAAGGCGGCUGCUGAGGCGAAACCGGAAACCGUUCAGAGUCCGCGCUCGAGUGCUGGUGGUUCCGAGCGCUCAGAGGACCCCGAGAAGGGGCACCCCUUGCAGGAGAGCAUCGUUCUUCCGGACGUCAACGGCUCCGUGGCCGCACAAUGGAUCGGUGCCAGCGAGCGCCCUUACCACCGGCCCCUCGCCAACUUCUUCCGUCGAGUUGACACGAUCAAGUGGACCCGCAACCGGAUUAAAGCUUUGACACAUCAGAUUAACAAGCUGCGCCGUGGCUUCCUCAAAGGCGAGGGUCGUCGACUGCCCACCGCGUUCGUCGAGUUCUCUUCCCAGGCCGAUGCUGAGCGCGCAUAUCAGACUCUGGCCCACAACCGACCGCUGCAUAUGUCGCCGCGUUACAUCGGUAUCCGCCCCGAUGAGAUCGUGUGGAGCUCCGUUCAGAUGCGCUGGCUGGAGCGGAUCGUCAGGAGCUUCAUGAUGCACGCUCUCAUAACCGCCGCCAUUGUGUUUUGGUCUCUGCCCUCGGCGCUUGUCGGUGUCGUUUCAAACAUCAAAUUUCUGGCCAAGCUACUACCUUUCCUGGCCUGGAUUACUGAGCUCCCGGACGCCGUCACUGGUAUUAUAAGUGGUCUUCUCCCUGCCUUAGCCUUGUCUUUCUUGAUGGCCAUCGUGCCUUGGCUUCUGCGAGGUUGUGCCAGGCUUGCCGGAGUACCGUCUUUGUCCAUGAUCGAGCUCUUCGUUCAACACGCAUACUUUGCCUUCCAAGUCGUCCAGGUCUUCCUCGUCACGACGCUGACCUCGGCGGCUUCGGCGGCCCUCACCCAGGUCCUGAAAGACCCCCUCUCGGCCAAAGAUCUUUUGGCCGAUAAUCUUCCCAAGUCAUCCAACUUCUAUAUCUCGUACAUACUCAUCCAGUGUUUGGCCGUCGGUGCCGCGUCCGUCCUCAGGGCGUUCGACAUCUUUCGCCACCAUGUUAUGGCCAAAGCAUUUGAUAACCCCCGUGGCCUUUAUAAAAUCUGGUAUAGGGAACGUCCAAUGCACUGGGGAGCAAUCUUCCCCGUCUUCACCAACAUGGGCGUCAUCGCCAUCAGCUACUGCUGCAUCGCACCGGUUGUUCUCGGCUUCGCCACCGUCGGCCUUUAUCUGAUUUACCUCGUUUACAAGUACAACCUCCUGUACGUUAACGACUCCUCCAUCGACACCCGCGGCCUCGUCUAUCCACGCGCCUUGAUGCACCUCCUCGUCGGUGUCUACCUUGCAACUGUUUGUCUCAUCGGCCUGUUCGCCUUGCGCUCGGCGUUCCUUCCCAUGGUUCUCAUGAUCGGUUUCCUCGUCUUCACGGCCCUCGUCCACGUCUCCCUCAGAGAGGCUGUCUCUCCGCUGCUCUACAACAUCCCGCGCGCUUUAGCUAUGGAGAUGGAAGAGCUUGAUGGCGGGCCGAUGGCGGACUAUCCCCAGGACGACUUCCUCACCGAUGCCGAUAUAACGGCCUCGUACCCGGACUUCUUCGACCCUGUUGAGGAAGACGAAGGCCCGGCGCAUCAAGUCAACGGGAGCCGAGGCGUGGAGGGUGCAAGUGGUCUGAUGGCCUCGGUCAACGACUGGUCCACCAACGCCCUUGCCAAGAAGCUUCAGACAACGGCCGAAAAUUGGGGGUUGGCUGGCCCCAUCAGCUAUGUCUCGUAUUGGAUGCACCCGGAUCCGUCUAUCAAGCCCGGCUUCAUUCUCCGGUGGCUUCACCCGGGGACGUUUGACGACUUCUCGACCCUUCGCCGCAUGAUCCCCGGGGAUCUUCCGGAUCCUACGGAGACGUACCCUCCCGACUACGCCCGUCGCGCCUACUGGCCGCCCGAGAUGGCAUCCCCUGCCCCGAUCAUAUGGAUCCCCAGGGACCCGGCCGGCGUGAGCGCGCAGGAGGUGGAGCACUGCCGCAAGGUCGUCGGGUGCUCGGACGAGGGCGCCGAGCUCAACGACAAGUGCCGCAUUGAAGUCGAGGUUGACAAAGCACCAUUUUGGGUGCCCCGUACUCUGUAUUAA